AUGUCGGCCACACCUGGCGUCAAGAGGAAGCGUUCCAGAGCGCAGUCUCUUCCCCCGCCCGAACUUCCGCGCCUCGUCGCCGAACAACACACCCCGAUCUCCUCCAAUGACAAAGACACGAAAAGACUUAUCGUGGUGUUGUCGAAUGCCAGUUUGGAGACAUACCGUGCCGCUCAUGGCGGAAAACCAGGAGGCAAGGAAGAGAAAUAUUCUCUCUUGAACAGUGACGAACAUAUCGGGGUCAUGCGCAAGAUGGGGCGAGAUAUUAGCGAUGCUCGACCGGAUAUUACACACCAGUGCCUCCUGACCCUGCUCGACUCGCCCAUCAACAAGGCUGGAAAGUUGCAGAUUUAUAUCCACACCGCCAAAGGUGUCUUGAUCGAAGUCAGCCCGACCGUGCGGAUUCCUCGAACGUUCAAGCGUUUCGCCGGUCUCAUGGUGCAGCUGUUGCAUAGGCUGUCCAUCCGGUCGGUCAACUCGCAGGAAAAACUGCUCAAGGUCAUCAAAAACCCCAUCACCGACCACCUUCCACCCAACUGCCGGAAAGUCACCUUAAGUUUCGACGCCGACGUCGUCCGAGUCCGAGAUUAUGUCGACACCCUUGGGGGAAACGAGAGCAUUUGUGUCUUUGUUGGCGCCAUGGCCAAGGGGAAAGACGACUUUGCCGAUGCGUUCAAGGACGAGUCCAUCAGUAUCAGCAACUAUAGCCUGAGUGCAAGCGUGACUUGCAGCAAGUUCUGUCACGCUUGCGAAGACGCCUGGAACAUCAUAUAG